AUGGCUGCUGUGUUAUAUCCCCUCUUAUCUUUUGUGCUGUGCCUCCCUACUCGAGGAAGGCCAUCCGAGCGUAGCAAGCGAAGCAUGCCCGUGUGCUACGCACCGAUUCGGAAUCAGAAGGAGAGGCGACAGAACGACAACGCGCUAAUUGCUGCCAUCGUUCCCAGACGAGGAGAUAUUGUGGCGGACGUAAAGCUUGCGAAAACAGAAUUUUCUGCCACCCCCUGA